UAUAAAAAAACGAAAAUAAAUAAUAAAAAAAAUACGAAAAGCAGUUCGCUGACUGAAGAACCCUUUUGAAUCAACCAAAAAUUUCUUCCAGGAGAGCAGAUCUCGUUUCUCAUCUCAGUCGAUCGGAGCUCCGGCGAGAUCUCAGUCAUGCCGCUGGCGGCUUCCGCGAUUUACUUCCUUAAUCUUCGCGGCGAUGUUCUCAUCAAUCGCCUCUACCGCGACGACGUCGGAGGCAACAUGGUGGAUGCUUUUCGAGUGCAUAUCAUGCAAACAAAAGAACUUGGCACUUGUCCUGUUCGGCAGAUUGGGGGAUGCUCAUUCUUUUACAUGAGAAUUAGCAAUGUCUAUAUUGUGAUUGUUGUAAGCAGCAAUGCAAAUGUCGCGUGUGCAUUCAAGUUUGUCGUUGAGGCUGUCACUUUAUUUAAAUCAUAUUUUGGAGGAUCUUUUGAUGAGGAUGCCAUUCGCAACAACUUCGUUCUGAUAUAUGAAUUGUUAGAUGAAAUUAUGGAUUUUGGGUAUCCUCAAAACCUUUCUCCUGAAAUCUUGAAGCUUUAUAUAACUCAGGAAGGCGUGCGCUCUCCUUUUUCUUCCAAGACUGCUGAUAAACCAGUUCCAAAUGCAACUUUACAAGUUACUGGUGCUGUUGGGUGGCGCAGGGAGGGCCUUGUAUAUAAGAAAAAUGAGGUGUUUCUUGAUAUUGUGGAAAGUGUCAAUCUUCUCAUGUCUUCAAAAGGUAGUGUUCUACGCUGUGAUGUAACAGGGAAGAUUCUUAUGAAAUGCUUCCUUUCUGGGAUGCCUGAUUUGAAGUUGGGAUUAAAUGAUAAAAUUGGACUUGAGAAAGAAUCACAGCUCAAAUCCCGUCCUGCUAAGAGUGGAAAAACUAUUGAGCUUGAUGAUGUCACUUUCCAUCAAUGUGUGAACCUUACAAGAUUCAAUUCUGAGAAGACUGUUAGUUUUGUUCCUCCUGAUGGUGAAUUCGAAUUAAUGAAGUAUCGUAUUACUGAGGGAGUUAAUCUUCCAUUUCGGGUUUUACCUACCAUCAAGGAACUGGGUCGAACACGUAUGGAAGUUAAUGUAAAGGUGAAGAGUGUCUUUGGGGCGAAAAUGUUUGCUCUUGGAGUGGUUAUUAAGAUUCCAGUUCCCAAACAAACAGCAAAAACAAGUUUUCAGGUGACAUCAGGGAAGGCAAAGUACAGUCCUUCUAUUGAUUGUUUGGUCUGGAAGAUAAGAAAAUUUCCAGGGCAAACUGAGCCAACAUUGAGUGCUGAAGUAGAGCUGAUAUCCACAAUAACUGAAAAGAAGUCCUGGACACGGCCUCCCAUUCAGAUGGAAUUUCAGGUUCCUAUGUUCACAGCAUCUGGAUUGCGUGUUCGUUUCCUGAAGGUAUGGGAGAAGAGUGGCUACAACACCGUGGAAUGGGUUCGUUACAUUACAAAAGCUGGUUCAUAUGAAGUUAGGUGCUAAAGCGAUUAGAAGAGGACACAGAAGGAAUCAUCUUCGAUGAACCAUGGUCCAACGAAGUUCUGUAUCUGCACUAUGUAUUCGCGAAGGGGUUAUUCAGUGAAACAAGAAAAUACAAAGGUAGUUCGAGUUGAGUCUAUGUUUGUAUACAGCGGCUGACUGUACAGAUACAGACACGCUUGUUCAUUUGAAUUUUGUUUGCAAAACUUUCUUGUAUAGUGUAGGCCACAUAAAUUAGUUGCGAUUGCAUUGGUGUGAUGAUUGAAACUCUAGAAGCUGUGUUUUUAUUAUCUCUGGUUUUCAUUGUGCUUUCUGUAUUGUGGAUUUACAUUUUUUUACUAAUAUAAUCGUCUCUGUUGUUUUUCGUAA